GGAAAUCGAGGGCAAACUCUACCCAUGCAUUCAUCUUCCCGUGUUGGGUUAUACGCAUGUCAUGGAUGAUUGAUUCGUCUGGUGUCGAUUCAUCCACGGCUGCAGCCAUAACGGUGCAAUCCCAGAAGUCUUUAUAUAAGAUACGUCCAGCGCUGAGCCUACGGUUCAAAUUCAAUAUUCAAACAUCGACAUCGAGAAAUUUAACGAGGAAAGGGAAAUGACAAAAGAUCGGUCAGGUUAAAACGUAGGGAACGAGUGCUACCAUACGGAUAAAAUGCUACUGUGGACAGGUACAAUCUGAAGGAUACCGAAUUUUAUUCUCCGGCACCUGUGGAUACGCCGUAGGUGACUGUAGCCCGACCUCAGCGCGCAUUACGGAGCUUCGUUCAUCUUAGAGUCGGAGCGACGUGCCCUUCUAUAAAUACCAAAAACGAUCUCGCCAUCUGAUUCUGCAGCAUGCAAACCAGGUCGCACGCCUUCAUCGCCAGAACGUUCACUGAACAUGUUCAGCGGGUCGGUCUCGAUAGACAGGGCAGCGUGGGAUACGCUCGGAUUAGUUGGUGGGAAGAGUGGCGCAACCAGUGCGACCGGGUUCAUUAAUCGUGCGCGAGCCAACUCCAAUGUGGACACCUGCUUCCCAUCCCCAGCAAUUCCAUCAGCAAUGGAUACGAAAUCGGUAUGCGUGGCGAGUGCCGUCAUAAAGAAAAUGAUGAGUGCUACGAUUGUUUGCAAGUAUAGUAGGGCCAAUAGAAUGACGACAGGCCAGAAUGGAUAUCGGCCGACGAUUAAGUUACCGAGACGACUCUGCGAAAGCGUGUCUGUUGUGAGGUUGGUGAUGACCGCGGCAGAGCCAAUAGCUAGUCUGGCUAAAUCUUGCUGUAUAUGCCAUCACUUUGUCCGUCGAGUUGUCGGUGAACGCGUGACCUUGAACAUUGGAGAUGAGAUGGGAAGCAUAGUGUCCGAGUCGAGCCGAGGCAGCAAGGCCGUCAGAGAGACCGACAUUAGUCAGUUCCUCGUCUACGCGCACGUAACUUCCGUUACUGUAGUCAAGCGUGACGUUGUAGAAAUAUAGUGUGCAAUUAGUGACCAUGGUCGCGAGGUUGCUGUAGUUGUCGAUCGCAUCAUUGCCUUCCGAGAAUACGCGUUCACUGGCGGUACUUGAGACGAGAGCGCAGCCGCAAGGGAUGUGAUCAUAUCUGCGCUGAUAUGAUCGCAAUCGACAUCCCAGGGACAAUUCGGAGAUUGGAUGAAUACUUUGGACUCUCCCCCAUUCAAUCCUCCAGAGUCAAAGCCGGAAAUUGGAGGGAAGGUUGAAGAAAAACCGCUACAAUUCUGAGGUGCGUAGCCGUGGACACAUAAAUGAUUCACAGACUGGCACGAAACGCGUGCACCAAAAGUCGUCGCACGAAAAGCAACGGGUUGCGGGACAUUUGGCUUCACAACUUGAAGGACGGCGAGAUCAUCGGCUUCCGCAAGUGUUAUGGUUUGCAGGUCUUCGGAGCUGUUCGAUGCGACGAGCAUACCGGGAGUCAAUGACCGGACGCCAUUAGCC